AUGUCUAUGCCAAUGUGUAUCUUAGGAUUAUAUGAAAUGGAUCAGCAGGACCUUAUUAUCCUAUACAUUUGUUAUGAAAGAUUAAAAGCUUUUCAUGUUUCAUUUGCUGUUAUUGUUGCUGAGCAUCUGCUUAUGCCUGCAGGGUGGACAAGCAAUCUAUGUUACAAACAUACACAUUUUCUUGAUUAUGCAAUGGAAGUAAUAAACAUGGGAGGCACUAUCAAGAUAGAGCACUCCUUUGCAGUUGAGUCCCUUUUUUUUGGGAUCAGUACUAUCAUACGCUUAAGGUUAUUUGGGAAAAUAUGA